GCUAAAGUCAGACGUGCUUCCAGUAAUAUAUACUUAAAAACUACUUUAAUUUUGAGUAAUAAAUUUAAAAAUGACUGUUCUCCUGUCGCGCGCCUGUUUUAGUAUUUUUAAAAAUGAUUGCUUGUCACAUAUGCGAUCUGUCGUUUCCCUCAAUGCGGAUCGGUUCACUCAAGUAAGAAGUAAACAUUUGUGCCGACGAGAUAACAGAAUAUAUGGCAGAAGUGGAAAACAUUUUCUAACCUAUACGUUAGUCAUUUCGGGGAUCGGUUAUUUCUUGUACAAAAAAAGAAAUGAUAUCUACGAACGAUUCAGGGAUUUCACCUACGGGAUGCCCGUCGUCAAGUCUGCGACAAUCUUUACACCGAGCCUUGUGGAUUACAGAGAGAAAUAUAAUUUUAUAGCGGACGUAGUGGCGGUAUCAGCACCCUCGGUGGUGUACAUAGAGAUCAAAGAUGAAAAAAAAUUAGAUAUGUUCACAGGGAGACCUAUCACAGCUAGUAACGGCUGUGGAUUUAUUGUUGCUUCCGAUGGUUUGAUAUUAACCAAUGCUCAUGUUGUCAUUAAAAAACGUGGUACCUCAGUAAAGGUUCGUCUACACGAUGGAACUGUAUAUACUGGUGUAAUAGAGGACGUCGACAUGCAAAGUGAUCUUGCGACCGUAAGAAUUAAAAAGACAAAUUUGCCAGUAAUGAAACUUGGAAAUUCAGCCGAUAUUAGGCCAGGAGAAUUUGUAAUCGCUAUUGGUUCCCCUUUGUCGUUGAGUAACACAAUAACUAGCGGAAUAGUGAGCAGUACAAAUAGACCAAGCGAAGAACUUGGUCUUGAUAAGAACCUGACGUAUAUUCAGACCGAUGCUGCUAUUACCUUUGGAAAUUCUGGUGGUCCAUUAGUGAACUUAAACGGCGAAGCGAUUGGUAUAAAUGCCAUGAAAGUUACCGCUGGUAUUUCUUUCGCUAUACCUAUAGAUUAUGCGAAAGAGUUUUUGAGAAAAGCUGAAAUACGUAGAAAAAACAAAGGUAACAUUCCUGAUACGAUGGAAGCACCCAAAAGAAGGUACAUGGGUAUAACGAUGUUAACUAUUACUCCUGACAUUCUCUUCGAAUUACAACACAAAAGGGGCUCUGCUUUAGACAUAAUCAAACACGGAGUAUUUGUUUGGAGAGUAAUCGUUGGCUCUCCCGCUUACAGUGGCGGUUUGCAAGCGGGAGAUAUAAUUACGCACGUCAACGAAGAACCAGUAUUAGCCGCCAUUAAUAUAUACAAAGCGUUGGAAAGCUGCGGUCCAUUAAAACUGACGGUCGUCAGGCAGAAUGACGUUCUUACGAUAAUGAUCGAUCCUGAAGACUGAAGAAGCUUGUUACACGGAAAGUAUAAUAAUAUAAGUGCCUGGUAUAUUCCUCGAUUCAAUAAAAAGGCGAUGAACCAACGAAGAAGUCGAUGAAAAAGAAAGAAAAAGAAAUGAAAAA